AUGCCCAGGGUCUCAGUGUCCGUGGCUGGGUUGGACAACAGCCUCCAGCUCUGGUCUCCUCUCUGUGCCCCCAGCCCCAGUGUGACCCUUCUCCUGUGCUCUCUGUGCAGCGCCUGGACCUGUUGGUGCGAGAUUGGCAGCUCUCUGGAGCCUACGGCACGGACGCGGGGCAGGAGUAUCUUGGAGAAAUCACACAGGACCUGGAGGUCUCUGCUGAGCAGCCCCUGGUGUUGGAAGCCCUGUGGGCGAGCGGCACCCGGUGCUACCUAUUGCCCCACCCUGGCACUCAGUUCACCAGGAGCAGGGCAGGGACGCCAGAUGGGCGUCUCCCGAUAUUGGAAGACCCAACGCUACGACUUCUCCUCACCCAUGAAGAUGGCUGAGGCGUUUGCAGUGAUGAGACAGGAGUUAAACAGGAGAGCAGUAGAAGCCACCAGGAGGGAAUAUGACCAAUUAGUGCAGGAGCUGGACCGUGACCACCAGAGCAUGAGCAGCUGCCUGAGUGUGAAGCCCCUGGAGAUGCAGCGACGCCUGGAGGGUAAACGCCAGGAGCUGCUGGAGCGCUGCUGGGGGGAGCUGCGGGGCGAGGACCCCCAGAAACAGGCGGCCCUGGAGGAGCUGAAGAAGGAGCUGGACAAGCAGAUGGCGGAGUUCCUGCCGCGAUAUGAACAGCGCUUUAAAAUGGCAGCGAUGAUGGAGGAGGAAAACAGAAAAGCAGUAGAAGCCUCCAGGAGGAAAUAUGAACAAUUUGUGCAGCAGCUGGACCGUGGCCACCAGAGCAUGCGCCGCUGCCUGAGUGUGAAGCCUGCGGAAAUACAGUGA